UUUUUAAGAAUCCAAGGCCAAGGCCCAUGAAUUGAAAAAAAAAUCUCUUCCUUUUGAGGGUCUUGUCUUGAAACAGCAGUUAGCUGUCCGGCGGAGCAGUAGGAAGCUGAUGUCUUUCCUUAAGGUUCCUCCGUGGAGGGUGGUUUCCUCCUUCCGCGGAAGCAUCAUCCCAAUCUUCGAAACUCCACCAAAACCGGCAUACCAGACAUUCCGUCCAUUCCUUAAUUUCCCUGCAACUUAUACCCAGUGUAGUUUCUCUCCUUCAGUUCCUCAUUCUUCUACGCCUUCUGCUAUUCCUGAUGCUAGUUACCGCUGGAGACCCAUGUGCUUGUAUUAUACACAAGGCAAAUGCACCAAGAUGGAUGAUCCUACCCACCUAGAGAGGUUUAAUCAUGAUUGCUCUAGGGACCUUUCAGUCCAUGCUGCUGAAGUUGAACGCAUGCGACCCCAAAAUUUUGAUUUUUUCUUGGUCUUUGAUUUGGAGGGGAAAGUUGAGAUCCUUGAGUUCCCUGUGCUGAUUAUAGAUGCCAAAACCAUGUCUAUUGUGGACUUCUUCCACAGGUUUGUCAGGCCCUCAGCUAUGACCGAACAAAGAAUAAAUGAAUAUAUUGAAAACAAAUAUGGCAAGUUUGGAGUUGAUCGUGUGUGGCAUGACACAGCUCUCCCAUUUAAUGAAGUUAUUCAACAAUUUGAAGCUUGGUUGACUCAUCACCAUUUGUGGGAACCAAAGCAUGGUGGAUCUCUUAAUCAAGCAGCAUUUGUAACUUGUGGAAAUUGGGAUGUGAAAACGCAGAUCCCUCGGCAAUGCCAAGUGUCAAAGAUUAAGCUUCCCUCAUACUUUAUGGAGUGGAUCAACCUGAAAGAUGUUUAUCAAAAUUUUUAUAACCCAAUAAAAGAGGCGAGAGGAAUGAGGACGAUGAUGGAGCAGCUGAAAAUACCAAUGCUGGGAAGUCAUCAUCUGGGGAUUGAUGACGCAAAGAAUAUAGCCAAAGUUUUACUAAGGAUGCUUGCAGAUGGUGCAGUGAUUCCAAUUACUGCUAGGAGAUAUCCUGAUUCCCCUGGAAAUGUUCAUUUUCUAUUUAAGAAUCGUAUACGUUAGUUCUUUUUAGCUACAUAACUAUUUUUUUUAAGGUGUUAUUUCUGUGUUAAGAAUCGCAUACGUUAGUUGUUUUUCGCUACAUAA